AUGUCCCGCUUCAAGAUCUCCUCGGCCCUGUGGGACCGUAUAAACCACUUCGCCUCCUUCCCACAGACAGGUGUCUCCCUCCAGCAAAUGGUGCUCUUUGGCCAACAUCCCUCACAAGGCACCCUCCUCAAAGCCUCCCAGUUCCUCUCCGAAGAGCUUCCUAUACGGCUCAGUCAUCGCGUGGUCGAGCUGGAGAGUCUGCCUGAUGGACUGAGCAAGAUGCCAAGCAUAGAGAAGGUCAAGGAGUGGUAUGCGCAGAGCUUCGAGGAACUGAUCACCUUCCCAAAACCCAAGCUGUCCAAAGAGGUGGAAGAGCUUCUCCGCGCCCGCGCACCAGAACAUUUCCCACCUGCAACACCCAAUCCCUCUCUCGAUCCGCGGAUGCACGAAGGACCGGCCGGCAGUGGACUGGCUUCGGACAGGGCCAUAUGGGCGGGUAGAGAAACGGUGAUUGCGAACGGAUCGGCCCCUAGGCUCAGGAUACCGAUUGAGCGGAGAUACUUCUCACCACCUCCCGCCUCCACCCUCUAUCCACCCGACGUCCACACCUACAACGAAUCCUUCACCGGUCUCCUCCAAAACAUUAAAAAGCGGCACGAUCCCACCGUGACCAGCGUGGCGCAGGGUGUGCUUGAGUGGAAGCGGAAGAACAAGCAGGCGGGGCCGGUGGGGCAGAACAUUCAAGAAUGGCUGGAUAGGUUUUAUCUGAGUCGGAUAGGGAUCAGAUUCUUGAUUGGACAGCAUGUCGCUCUGAAUACGCUAGCGCCACAUCCAGACUAUGUGGGGAUCAUAUGCACGAGAGCGAACGUGCACGACAUUUGCCACGAGGCCAUCGAGAACGCCCGAUUCGUCUGCGAGGACCAUUAUGCCCUAUUCAAGGGCCCGCCUAUUCAGCUCCUUUGCCCGAAAGAUCUCACUUUCGCCUACGUACCCGGACACUUGUCACACAUCCUCUUUGAGUUGCUCAAGAACUCCCUCCGAGCGGUAGUCGAGCGCUUUGGCGUCGACAAUGAGGACUCGUUCCCGCCUAUCAAGGUGGUAGUUGUCGAGGGGAGUGAGGAUAUCACAAUCAAGAUUAGUGAUGAGGGAGGAGGGAUUCCAAGAUCGGCCAUCCCGCUCAUUUGGACAUAUCUCUAUACCACGAUGAGUGAUGAAGGGCUCGAAGCGAACAUUGAGAGCUCGGACUUCAAGGCACCGAUGGCUGGAUUCGGGUAUGGGUUACCACUGUCGAGGCUUUAUGCUCGAUUCUUCGGCGGAGAUCUGCGGUUGAUAUCGAUGGAUGGUUAUGGGACAGAUGUGUAUAUUUCGCUGAAUAAGCUGUCUUCGAGUCGGGAACCACUGCAAUGA